AAGGACGUGAGGAGGCCCAGCCUCACCCUCCUCAGCCAAGGGUGAAGGGAAUCUCUGGUACAGCAGCUUAAUGCCUUGCACGCUGAAUCCGAGCCUGGCCAAACCUGGAGCUGUGGAAUCUGUGCGCCCAGCCCCAGUGAGAUGAGAGAACAGAAGGCCUGUGACCUUGUGAGGCUGGCAUGCAGGAUGGCAGGACAGCCCAGCCACAUGCCUCAUGGAGGGAGCCCGAGCCACCUGUGCCAUGCGCUGGGGCCUGCACCCCCUCCAGACCCACAGAGGCACCCAAACACCCUGUCUUUUCGCUGCUCACUGGCAGACUUCCAAAUUGAGAAGAAAAUUGGCAGAGGACAGUUCAGUGAGGUUUACAAGGCCACCUGCCUGCUGGACAGGAAGACGGUGGCUCUGAAGAAGGUGCAGAUCUUUGAAAUGAUGGACGCCAAAGCCAGGCAGGACUGUGUCAAGGAAAUCGGUCUCCUAAAGCAACUGAACCAUCCGAACAUCAUCAAGUAUCUGGACUCCUUCAUCGAAGACAAUGAGCUGAACAUUGUGCUGGAGUUGGCCGACGCGGGUGACCUCUCACAGAUGAUUAAGUACUUCAAGAAGCAGAAACGGCUUAUUCCUGAGAGGACCGUGUGGAAGUACUUUGUGCAGCUGUGCAGCGCUGUGGAGCACAUGCAUUCCCGACGUGUGAUGCACCGAGACAUCAAGCCCGCCAACGUGUUCAUCACAGCUACCGGCAUUGUGAAGCUUGGUGACCUCGGCCUGGGCCGCUUCUUCAGCUCAGAGACCACUGCAGCCCACUCACUAGUGGGAACACCCUACUACAUGUCACCUGAGAGAAUCCACGAGAACGGCUACAACUUCAAGUCAGACAUCUGGUCCCUAGGCUGCCUGCUGUAUGAGAUGGCAGCUCUCCAGAGCCCCUUCUAUGGAGAUAAGAUGAAUCUCUUCUCCCUCUGCCAAAAGAUCGAGCAGUGUGACUACCCGCCUCUUCCAGGAGAGCACUACUCUGAGAAGCUCCGGGAACUGGUCAGUAUGUGUAUCUACCCCGAUCCUGACCACCGACCUGACAUUGGAUAUGUGCACCAGGUGGCCAGACAGAUGCACGUCUGGACGUCCAGCACCUGAAUGCAACACACCUCAUCAAAGCCAAAAGUCAUUUGUCUUACUCGAGUCCUCUCCCCAAGUGGUACCUGGAAGUCCCCACAGCCAAGACCAGAGGACUCCCAGCCGGCUCCCAAAGGCGGCUGCCUCUGCCACUGAGCUGAAAGCAGCCGGUUACCGUCAAACUCCAAAAUCCUUCCUUUGAACUAUUGCAGACAAUCUGAGCUGGGCUAUUAGUGGGGGAAGGGGUUUGGCAGCCAUGGAAACCCCUUGUACCUGCUGAAAUGUGAACUUCUGCCUGGUUGCUUCAGACCUGUCCAGGCCCACACUGCCAGGAGCCGUGAAGGGAGCUGGGUGACUGGUGUGGGCCAGCCUUUGCAAAUGGUUACCACCAGCUGCUGGCACCUUUCCAUGCAGUCAGGCUGUGUGCUUUCAAUUACUCUUGUAAAAUGGAAAUAAUGGCUUAGAGUAGACAUCUUGCUAAUAUUUUCUCUGCAUUUUCUAAUUUGAUGAGUGACAGGAGCACGUAGCACCGGGCAUCUCAACAUAAGUGGCUCGGGGAGACUGGAGGGCUCUCUUCCGUCUUCUCAGCCCCGCCUCGGCCCAGCAUCACCAGCUGGAAAGCUAUGGCUCCCUUUAGGACCAGUGUGCAGCACUUUGUCCGUCCAGCAGGAAAACCCCGCAAGCUUUGCUCUCACGGUUCUUUACCAGUUCUGGGUCUGUAUCUUCCUAGUGACUUGUGCAAGUUUGUUGGCCUUUCUGAGCCUUCAUUUCCUCAUCUGCAAAUGGGACGUUAUAAUAAGUUAUCUAUCUUCCAGGUGGCUGACAGGACUCAAAACAAAAGAUGUUACUUAGCCAUGGCAGCCUAAGUUUGUUAUCCUGGCACUGAGAGGUAGAGGCAGGAGAUCAAGCAUCCAAGGUUGCCCUGAGAAAUACAGGAAGUUUGAGACAGGAAUGGACUACAUAAGGCCCUGACUCAAAAACAAAACCGAGAUGCAAAUCAGCUAGGAAUGGCAGGUGAUCCAAAAAUACUGCCUGUUACCCCUUCAGAAAACUCAAGUCAUGGACCAUGCGGGUCCAUGAGAGAAUUAAAAUAUAACUGUAUUAUGUGCAGAAAAAGCAGAAAUAUGUUCAUUUACUUUUGGUUACCAAUAGGAUUAACUGUGAAGACUUAACUUAUAAAUGUGAAUUUAAGGAAACUUAA